AUGGGUAAAGGAAGAGCAUGCGGGUCGCCUCCUAUUUUUUUCGAUGCACUGAAUAGUCCUCACUGUACACUGGAAAUACUGAGAUUUGCAGCUUGUAGAUUCACUGGUCAGUGCUGUGAAAGUUUGUCUUCAGUUCUACAAUUGUCAAAAUCCCUGAGAGAGCUGGACCUGAGUAACAAUGACCUGCAGGAUUCAGGAGUGAAGCUGCUCUCUGAUGCACUGAAGAGUCCUCACUGUAUACUGGAAAUACUGAGAUUUGCAGCUUGUAGAUUCACUGGUCAGUGCUGUGAAAGUUUGUCUUCAGUUCUACAUUCAUCAAAAUCACUGAGAGAGCUGGACCUGAGUAACAAUGACCUGCAGGAUUCAGGAGUGAAACUGCUCUCUGAUGCACUGAAGAGUCCUCACUGUACACUGGAAAUACUGAGAUUAUCUGGCUGUAUGGUGACAGAGGAAGGCUGUUGUUCUGUGGCAUCAGCUCUGAGAUCAAAUCUCUCACGCCUGAAAGAGCUGGAUCUGAGCUACAAUCACCCAGGAGAAUCAGGAGUCAGGCUGCUCUCUGAAAGACUCAACGAUCCAAACUGCACACUGGACAAACUUAAUGUGGAUCAUGGAGGAGAGUUCAGGAUUACAGCAGGACCACACAAAUAUGUCUGUGAUCUCACACUGGAUUCAAACACAGCACACACUGAACUCAUUCUGUCUGAGGGGAACAGGAAGGUGACACGUGUGAGAAAGCGUCAGUCAUAUCCUGAUCAUGCAGAGAGAUUUGAUGAUCCUCAGGUUCUGUGUAGAGAGAGUCUGACUGGACGCUGUUACUGGGAGACUCAAUGGAGUGGAGAUGCUGUUAUAUCAGUGUCAUAUAAAGAAAUCAGCAGGAAAGGAGAGAGUCGUGACUGUAUGUUUGGACUCAAUAUAAACUCCUGGAGUCUGUGGUGCUCUAAUAACACAUUCACUGUCUGGCACAAUAAUAACAGUACUGACAUACGUCCCCCUUCACACGACUGUAAGAGAGUAGGAGUGUAUGUGGACUGUCCGGCCGGCACUCUGUCCUUCUACAGCGUCUCUGACACACACACACUCACACACUUACACACACUCAUCACCACAUUCACUCGACCCCUCUAUGCUGGAUUUUAUGUUUGUCCUGAUUCCUCAGUGUGUGUGUGUGAAAUGGAUCAUCAGAGACACACACACACAACUGGAUGAGUGAAAUAUACUCACUGUAUCUCACAUCAACACAACUCCAAACUCUUUCUAGAAAUCAUUUCAUCAAUGAAACUGAUUGAAUUCAAUACAAUGACAGUACUUUGUGUCUCACUGUGAUGUGAUUGAACUUAUUUACUAUCAGAUUCAAUAAUAAAAAUAAUGAUUUGAAAUGAAUAAAUGAGUCUAUAUAUGAACUCUUUAUUAAACACACGGCACAUUCAGAUACUCAUUGUUUUAUUUAUACUAAAUAAACAUUUACAA